UUUUUAUUUUUUCGAAGAGGGCGCUGAGUGAUGAGUAGUUUCUUAAUGUUGAAGUGCUUUCAGAAAAGCGGAAUUUAGAAUUUUUUAGGUGAAUAACCAUGUCCCGUUAUCGUGACAGCUGUCCUCUGGAUUGCAAAGUUUAUGUUGGUGACUUAGGAAAUAAUGGUACAAAACAUGAAUUAGAAGAUGCUUUUAGUUAUUAUGGCCCAUUGAGAAACGUUUGGGUUGCACGUAACCCUCCUGGAUUUGCUUUUGUUGAAUUUGAAGAUUCUCGGGAUGCUCGUGAUGCUUCAAGAGCUUUAAAUGGAAAAAUUCUGUGUGGUAGAAGAGUAAAAGUAGAGCUAUCUACAGGAAAAUCUAGAAGUUCAUAUCGUAAUCCCCCGCAGAGAACAUUCCAUUCUGAAGAUCGAUGCUACGAGUGUGGAGAAAGAGGACAUUAUGCCAGAGAUUGCAAAAGAGGCAGUAGACGUUAUCGUUCUAGAUCGCGUUCUCGGGAUAGACGAUCUCGCUCUCGUUCCAGGGAACGCUCUCUGAGCCACAGCAGAAGCCAUUCCAAAUCUCGCAGCCCAAGUCGUAGCAGUGCCUCGCGUAGCAGAAGCAGAUCGACUUCGGCUAAUAGAACAAUUGAGAAACAAAACGAAUCCGUAUCAGAUAGAUCACCUUACAAAUCACCAUCCCAAUCUCCACAACAGCUACCUAACAAUAAUAUUCAGAAUGGCUCUGUGGAAUAAACAAGAAUUGGCAUUAUCAUCAAAUCAUUCAUAUUUGGCUUUUUAAGUGUAAUUUUUGCAAUAUUAAGCUUUCUAUUUUGUAUCUUAUCAUUUAAAAUUUUUGCAUUAUCUUCAUAAACCAUCUCUGCAUCACAUUUUACUGUAUUUUGUAAACAGCAGUGUUGUGCGAGUUCAAGUAAAACUGCAUAAUCGAUAGGAAAAUAUUUUUAAAGAAUGUUUGUUUUUAUAAUUUUUUUAUUAAAAAAUAUGUAUAUUAUUUCAUUGUUAGAGAUGUUAUAAUCCAUAAGAUUUUUUUAUUAAUCAUUACUGAUCAUUCAUCUGUUUAAAAAAAAAAAACAAAUUGUAAAUACUCAGUUCUGUAAGUUUAUUGCCAAAAGUGAUUUUGUCACCAUCUCGUGACACGUUGCAGUUUUCAAGCAAAAAGUCUAUAUCUAUAGAUGUAAAUUUUGCUCUGAUCCACUUAACAAUGGACACAUACUACAAAUUAUAUCACUUCAGAAAUUUCAUACUUAAUGACCUAGAAUUUGUUAGCUCUUGUGCAGUGAAAGUUUCGUUUUUCUCUACUCACAUGCUAUUUUACAUCCAUUGCUCUAUUCGAAAAGCGUUUCAGAACGAAUUUUGACAUUGUUUGAGAUUCCGUUUCUGCUAACGCCCGUUUCCUCUUACCAUGUAAAAAUUGUCAUUCAUUAUCUUAUUCUACUGAUAUCUUUGAAAAUCUUAUAUAUUACCUAAUACAUUAAUGGAAAAUAUAUUUUUGGUAAAUUUCGUAUCUGUACAAAAAGUUAUAUUUAGCAUUGUAACAUACAACAGCACAGUAACAUUUAGAGAGGAAAAAAAGAAACCGUGCACUCCGAUGAUGCAAAAAUAAUUUAUUCGAGCCUCAAAAAGUUCGAAUGUUAGCAAAAACUCUGCAACCACCAGACGAUACAUUAAUUUUUGAUUAAAGAUAUUACUCAGCAAUGAUGUAAUAUAUGAAAAUAAAAUAUAUUUGGAGUCA